AUGGUAAUUGAAAACUUGAAGUUGACUUAUCAUUUAAAUGCAUAUCCUAUAUGCUUAAUUUGUAUUGAAUAUAAUGAGUUAUAUAGAGAGUCUAAUAAAUCUAAAAAACUAGCAGAAGUAAAUACAGCAAAGUUUCUUAAAGAUAUUCUAAAUGAAAUAAUCAAAUUACUGUUAAAUAAUUCAACUUCUAUAAAUAUUUUACCUCAAGAUAUAUUAUUAUCAAAUGAUUCUAAAAUUGAACCAGUUAAAUAA